GGGGCCUGGGAAACAUCCACCCCUUCUGCUCUGAGGCCAGCGGCCUGUCCUCGGGGUCGCUGCUAUUUCUGCCAAAGGGGAGAGGUAAUUAUAGCACUGCCGCUGCCAGCUGGCCCAGCUUUGCGAUCCAGCAGAGAGGGCUGGAGGCAGACGAAGGCCACUAUACACCCAGCCCCACAGGCGGGUGGUGGCACCUCCAGACCGGGGCCCUCGCAAGGAGGCCCGGGCAGGCCAGGCCCGUCCCCCUGUGUGCCCUGCAGUCCUGUCUGAGGCUUCACUCUCAAGGGCCUGGGGGGUGGGUGUUACCAGCCGGGAGGGGCCAGGACCUCACUGGACUGUGCCCCGCAGAGAGGCCCCGAAGAGCCUGUUUCCAUCCCUCAGGGAGCCAGGAAAGAGCCAGGACCAUGUUCCAGUAAAUGAGGCCUGCGGCAGGAGCCCUGAGCCCCGACUCCCGGCCAGAGACGCCACAUCAGGCCAGGAAGAAUGAGGAAGCCGCGUGGGGCCCGCGGGGGUGUGGGGCGCAGAGGGAGGACAACAGGAAGUGCCCCCACUCCAUCCUGAAACAGAGCCGGCCGGAGCACUGCGGCCCAGGGCCCGAGCCCCAGAGGACCUCAAGGCACGUGCGGUUCCGAGAGCCCCCAGAUGUGACCGUCCACUACAUUGCUGUCAGGGACGCCACGGCCACUGUCAAGGCGCCGGGCGGGCCCAGGCCACGCGGCGGCUCCCUGCUCCUGCGGCUGUGCGUGUGCGUCCUGCUCGCGGUGGCCCUGGGCCUGUGCUGUGGCCGGCCUAAGCCCGUGGCAGCGGCGCUGGAGGACCUGUGGGCCCGGCUCCUCCACCUUGUCCUGCACCUGCGGAACGCGGUCCUCACCAGCUGGCGCGGCCUGCUGUGGCUCUGACGGGCGCAUGAGCAAGGCUUCCGGGAAAGCCCCAGCACCCCGGGGCUCCAAGACAGCCUGAGCCCUGGCCCUGCUGCUUGAUGAAUUGUGGGGGCCAGGAGAGGCUGCUGCCUGGGGCGGACUGGGAACAGGGGGACCCCCUGGCAUGAGAGCGGACACGGGCACAGCGGGCGGCCCUGCCACACCCGUCGGCACAGCGCCCCUGUCUCCUGUGUUGGGUCCAUGUGAGAUCUUACUAGAAAGAGGAUCCGACUGCUAAUGUUGGGGGCCCCCAUGCUGGGGCUCCCCAGGCUCGCCCGAAGACCCCUCCCUCACCCCAGCAGGCACCCCACAGUGGCUGGGGCCUGGCCCGGCCACAGCCAUACACGCCCUCUGGGGAGGACACACUGCCUGUGUCUGAGGGGCUGCUCAGAGGAGGCAAACCCAGCCUUUAGCUGCUAUUAGGGCCUGGGAGGACCCAGACCUCGAAACCCAUGGGGUGGGAAGGGUCUGGUUGUCAAGAUGGGCCCCUCUGAGGUGAGGUACAGUCUUCUGAGCCCAGGUCUGACCCCCUUUUCAGCCCCAUGAGUCUGGAGAGGCUCCAGGGGAGGACUCUCAUCGGGGUGGCUUCAGGCGUAGAAGCCAAGGGGACAGCAAGGGGCCUGGACACUCCCGACCUCCAGGUCAUGGCCAUCUGUGCUCAGUUCUGUGGGUCCAGACACCUCCGGUCUUCAGAACAGAGCCACGUGUGCCCAGCUCCGUGGGCGGGGACACCCAAUAGAGCCUGGGGCCAGCCAGUGCCACCCACCAGCUGGGGCCCGUGGGUCCCAGCGACCGUCUGUGGUUGUGGCUUUGUCGCCAGAUUGCAGAGCUGAAGGGAGCCCUGUGGGUGACAAACACCAGGGGCCCCUCCAGACCCUACACAGGGGGGAGGGCCGAACAAAGCAGGGAGGCCCACAGUCAGACACCAGGCAGAACUGCCCAGCAACAAUCAGACUAGUGUCACCGUCAGACACUAGGCAGAACUGCCCAGGGACAAUCAGACUAGUGUCCUCAGGGCUGGCCUAAGAGGCGAGGGCACAGCGGACGACCCGUCCAGUGGUUCCUGUCUGUCUGUCCCAUCACCAAGCUGGGAGACACUGUUCUAUUAAAACGCGCUGUGGCCUCCUUCAGUCUUGGAGUUUGUAUAGAAACAGAAGCCAGAACAGAUUUGCUAAGGAACCAGCCUCCGUGAGCAGAGCAGAUGUCCUGGGUCCCUGGAAGCACCCAGUCUCCUGCAGGCCUGCGGGAGGGCACGUCUGCCCAGUGGGGGGCUUGCCAAGCCCCUGGGUCUUCAUCCUUUGUCAGGGCGUGUCCCCCCACCCCAGGUCCAGGGAACAGGUGCCAUGGACUCCAGCGUUGCUUCUAGCUUUGGAAUCCAGGGAGCCCAGAGUUUCGGGUGGAGGCAAGAAAAGGGGCUGUUUCCAGAAGUGGCCCAGAAGGGACCAGGCGGAGACGGCCCAGGCCCUCCAGCAUCACGCUCUCCCUACGGUCACCACGGCGCCGCCCACCCAGGCCCAGCCCGUCUCCUCCCACCCCAAGGGGCAGGAUGGGCCGAUUCCCCGAAGGCUGGGUCUCAGGCCAGUCACAGGCUCAGGCUCAGGCUCUGCAGCCUGGGGCCACCCCCCCGCCCACCAGCCCCGGUUCUGACGAGGACGCCGCCCAGGCCGAUCUCCCCCAGCCGUGACUGCCUGUCCACUGCAAAGGCAAUGCAGGGUCACGCCUGGCUUUGCAGGGUCCCACGAUACGACUUCACGUGUUUUUGAAUAAAUACUGCUCAAAGAUGGAGCCACACCCCCAAGAAAUCCUUCCAAAUGGAACCUCCUGCCUGCGAAGGCCACACGCGGAGCAGUGACUCGAAGCCACUGGGAAACGUACAGAGGGCAGAACCUCAGGAAGGACAACCUCUAUUUCCUAAAAGCUUCCGACACGAAAGGACCAAAGCCCAGGGGCACUGCGUGUGGCCCCCAAAUGACAGGCAGUUGAAACCAUGAGAGCAAGGCGGGC